AUGAGUGAAUGUUUGAAAUAUCAGGAACCAUAUGAAGAAUGCAUGAAAUAUGCAAUUAUUUCACACAACAUUGAUUUUGUCACAUUCUUGAUGAAUGAAUACGAUAUUGAAAUCCAUUUGGGAUAUUGCGCAGAUUAUAAUAAUCUUGAAUCCAAAUAUUUCGAUCAAACUAAUGAUAUUUGGCAUAUUAACAAAUGUUUUAUUUUCUCAUUGAUGUUUGGCAUAUCAUCCCUUUGCGAAUACUUCCUUUAA